AUGCCAAGUCGGUUGAAGUCUGGCGAGUACAAGCUUUGCUGGUGCCAAGUUUCCUACUCCUACAGCCCGCAAGUGCUCUGUGACAAUAGUGACUUCAUCACCGAAGUUGGCACUGUGGUCAUGAUGUGCCCGGACUACCUCUACAGUGGCUCUGGCUCCUGCAGGGCCUGCUCGUGGUUCUGGGAGGUGCCCAAUCUCAGCCGCGAUGGCUGCGAGCCGAACUUUGUGAACACAGCUGCCAUACUUUCAGUUUAUGUUUACAUCUUCUGCGGCUUCUUGAUGUUCUGCUACCAGCUGGAGGUCCACUUCAGCCAGAAAGACCGAUUCGCGUUCCCGAUCCGCGGGCGAAAGAUCGGCAUCGAGGACGUGUCCUCCAAGCCGUCGACCGUCGAGGACGAGCAGCACGUCAUCGUCACGACGGUCGGAGAGCAUCUCAUGUCCAAGAGAUUGGGCACCAUCCCCAUCAAGUUCAGGCGCACCGACCUCUUUGGCAUGGAGAAGAGCCCUUCGGGGGAAGACAUCUGGUACCGAUUGAAGUACCACUCGAAGAAAAGUUUUCAACUACUGGAUCUGACCGGGGAGCCGGUGAAGAGCGACAGUGCGGAGACCUCGCAUGGAUGGAUCAUUCUCAGCGCGCACCGCGCGCUCCUCCACAGCAACACCUGGUUUGGCAUCCCGGUUGUCAUCCUGGCCUCCAUGCUGAUUCUCUGCGGGAUACCUUUGCUUCUGUAUUCUUCAGAUCGUCUACGCAUCCCUGUCCAUCUCGGAGUGGUCAUCGUCGCGUGGCUGAUCGCGUUUCUUCUGGCCUUCUUGGCGUCCCAGGCCCUCAAGAUGUCGCAGACGACGCGGAAUUCCAUCUCCGAGCGGAUCGAUCGCUUCAAGGGCAAGAUGCACCUGGUACACCCAUCGCCACAUGCCUGCCCACGCGGGCCCGACCGGGCCCUGAGCAUCUCGCAGAUCGUCGACCUGUAUGAGGAGUUCAAGUCGUUCAUCCAGGACCGGAACCUCUACUACGUGGACAGCAACAUCGUACGCCCGCUUACGCAGAGUUGCCGGCUUUCCCUCGCCGAGUUCAUGGGACCUUCGAAGGUCGACUGGUUUGUGUCUCACUAUUGGGGCACCAACUUCUCGUACACGGUCAAGGCCUUGAAGCUUCACGCGAUGUCGGUCUGGAACAAGGAAGCGCUGUUGUCUGCCAGCAAGGAGGUUCUGGUGUGGAAGAAUGGGGCGGCGCAUGUUGGCAGUAGCUCUCCCAGUGGCCAGAGUCACGACAGCUUGAAGAGCCGCCUUCCCAUCUCCUACUGGAUCUGUGCAUUCAGCAACAACCAGUACAAAGUCGCCGAAGAGUUGGGGGCCACCCACGAGGAGUCUUCGUUCUUCCUGGCGCUACACAGCCCAUCCGUGGUCGGAACGGUCAUGGUCCUAGAUGAGCAGGCCCUACCUUUGACAAGGUCCUGGUGCCUUUUCGAGCUGCUGCAGACCAUGAAUCUGGAGCGGUGUAGGUCGAACUUUCAGGGCCUGCGCUUCUGCACCAACACAGGGGUCCUCAACUUGGGCCAGUCCACCACCGAAGUGGCCAUGAACAUUGGCAAGAAGCUGUCGUCACUGUCCCUCGAGGAUGCGAUCUCCACCCGUCCGGAGGACGGGAAGACAAUCCAGGAGCUCAUCCUCAAGGAGCGCAAAAGCUGGGACGGGAUCAACAGCGAGCUUCGCAAGCACAUUAAAGACGCACUAGGUGUUUGCCGUGAGCACGUGGACAAGAGCUUCCAAGACAUUUUUUACCAGCUUGAGCCAGGGCCGAGCCGGCCCGUCAAUGCUCGCGAAGCAAGUUUGUAG